ACUGAUCGCUCUGUCGCCAUAGCAACGUCUACCAAACUGAUACUGAGCUGCCGUUUUUCGUCUUCAUCACUUCAACACUUACCGAUUUCUGUCAAUAAGUCAAACUAAGUUGUGUCAAACUUUGACACAACACAACGUGAACAUGGAAAAAGUUGACAAAGAUCCAGAGGAGGCACCGGGACGCUCUGUGCUGCCUGAAAAACAAGAGGCGAAGACCAGGAUCCCCACUCGCAAAAUUGAAGAAAACCCCAUUGAGGAGGGCACCGAGCAGUCAAAGAGACAAGAGGAGCAGGAACAUACAAAGAGAAUAAUCGACCUGCAGAGAGAACUGACAACAUUUGUGACCAACAUCCAAACUGCAGGCGAUGCCAAAUGGUUGGAGCGAAAGGCAGAGUUGGAGGAAUCUCGCAGAAUUAGACGAGAGCGGCUGGAGAAUGAUGUGAAGACCAGCCAGGAAAAAUAUGAUGAGAUUGUGAGAAGCUGGUUGACGCUCAAUGAGAAGAGGAUGCUUCAGGAACUGCAUGAAGCCCUGAACAGCCAUCAGCAGUUGUGUGACAUUAUCAUCGCAGACAAGAAAAAACUCAUUAACGAUCUGCAACAGGAGUUAAAGAAGAGAGACGAUCACUAUGUGAAGACCUUGAGGAACAACGAGGAGGAGAUUGACCUGCUGAUUGAGAGGAUGGAGGAGCAGAUGAGAACUCUGACUAAUGCUUACAGGGAACAGCUUGGUCAAACUGAGACUGUUGAUCAGCAGGAAACUGAAGCCUCACUUGCACAAUACAAGGCAGAAUGGCAACAAGAAAUGACGGAACUUUGGGACAAACAGAUAGCACAGUUGACAGACAGGAGGGAUGAAGUGAAGAACUAUGAAGAGAAACUCCAUGAUCAGAUGUUGAAGGACGCUGACUUAUACAACCAGAGACUUCUAGAAGAAAAUUGUUCAAAGUUCAAGGUCCAGAGAGAGCAUCAGCAGAAGAAAGCCGCUGACAGCGUCGAGAAGCUCCUAACAAAUAUCAAAUCGUAUCAGCCCUCAGAAGGCAAGAGGACCAGCAUUAAAAGAAGGAUCUCCGGCCUGCAGAAAGAACGACAAAGCCUACAAAACGAGCUCCUAAGACAACAGAAAGAAUUAGCGCAGAAGAGAGAGACAUUAUCUAAGGAAUACAAAUGCACCAUGGAUCAAUAUGAACGCCUACAGAAGCAAGUCAAACACUUCGCAGUUGCUGAUGCCACAAAAUUUCGGGAGAUGUGGCAAAUGUGCGAAGAAGAGAGGAAAGAACAAGUGGAGAAAAUUUUGGACUUGGACUCACAGAUCUGCAAACAUCUUGGUGUAGCUUGGGAGCGGCCUCCUCUGCCAUUCAUGGAGCACUCGGGUCCCAUCCAGCCUCAGACACAGGCCCCGAGGCCCGACCACCAGGGAGAGGAGGGAGAGUUAUCUGUGGAGAAAAUGAAGAAAGUGAUGGAGCUGCUGUGUGAUGAAGCGGGCUUCCUGAUGGAGAGCAAAGUCCUGCAGCUGCUGGCUCCCCUGGAGAAGGAAAACCAGACCGUUGUGAAGCAGAGAGCUCUUUUUCAUUCUUUGGGCAUCAAAGGCGAGGAUGUGCCAGAGUUGACUGAUUUCUUAUCAAAGUACAAACAAGAGCAGGGAGAGCAAACAGAGUGCUUUGUCUGCCUGCAGGAUGUUUGUGCUGAAUCCAGUGAUGUUGCAAAGGCAGUGGAGACCAGUGCUAGCACUGAUAUGAGCUCUGAACUGAUCCACUGUAGCAGUGUCCUGCCUGCUCUGAGAAGUUUCCUCAAGCAGCGUGUGGAGUCUAGGGAGAGCACAGCCCACCACCGUUCCACCGUUGGCCAUACAGAAGCCCGAGAUGCUGCAGAUUAUAAAACCUACUGGGACAGUAUGGCCAACGUAAUUUCCGAGGACAAGCUCAAGAUGUGGGAUGCAGCAGAGAGGAAAUUCAGACAAUACCACGUGGUUCUGACCAACAUCUCUGAGCUCCGUUCUCAGAAUGAGCGUCUGCAGCGGCGAAACGCAGAACUGCGAGUACGAGUCCAAGAGAUGGCCAUCUCAACAGUCGGCUGGUCACAUUAAAACAAAACCAAUGUGAACGUGAACACAACAGUAGCACCAUUAGCAAAGCAUUUAAAAGAUAAAAAAUAAAGAUAAAGCCCUAAUUAGCAAAAAUGUUGUAUUGGCAGUUUUUUUUUUCAAUCCUACUUAAAAAAAAAAAACAGUGCAGCUGCUCAAAGAAAUACAAGUUCCAGUGCAGUACAAAAUGUGUACACCAUACUACUGAGACACUUGGGGGAUGUUGGUGGUUCUGUCCAGUGAUGUUAAAGAGCAUGUAGCUGACUUCAAUGACUUCUGCAACUCACAAAAAGAAAAACAAUCAUGCAUUUGGUUCUUUCAAGGGUUUGUUACAGGUCUUUUAGAAAUAUGACAAAAUGUACUGCAUGACAAUAUAGCAAAACACAUCAGCACGUACAACUUUCAGAAAUGGCCACUUGAAGGAGAGUCAGAGCCUAAAACCCUUCCUACAGCACGGAACUUGUGCAGCCACACACAGGUUUUUAAAACAUAGUACCACUAGAUGGCAGCAUCAAGCCACGUGUAAGACUGCAAUAUUCUAAGAGAGAUUUUAUUUCCUCUGCUUUACUUAGGGACACAUCAGUUUUCAUGCAGUAAUAUAAUGUUGCAUCUGUGUCAAAGUGAUUUGUCUGAGUCCGCCAACAUUUGAAAUAUUCCUAGGAUAAGAAAUUGGAAAAGACAGCUUAAGAUACAGAGCCAACAUGUAAAAUCUCCUAUGUUGUGAUUUCAAUCAGGUAAAAAUAGAUGGACUGCGGAUUGGAGAUUACAUAAAAAGCAGAAAACUUAAUAUGUUGACUGGCCAAAAAAUACAAAGAAAGAAAGAAGCACAACUCCUGUUCAUUGUUGACUUUCCAGUUUACCAGGACACCUGAAGGCAGCACUGGUCGCUCUGUCACCAUAUCACUGUGUACCAAACAGAUAGAGUUGCUGCUUUUCAUCACUUCAGCACUUAUCAAUUUCUGUCAGUAACUUUGACAACUCAAUUGAACCUGUGCCAAGAGUUUGUACAAUCAAAACUCCCCAUACAAGAUAAAGUCCUUUAUUUUCUGCAUACAGUGGUGGAAAAAAGUGUUUGGACACCCCAUGCAUUUGUGAAAUACUGCAUUAAGAAUACCUCUUUGGUCUUCACGUGUAAUUUCUUUUAGCAGAGUCACAGUCAAAAUACUUAAAUCCUAAAAAAAGCCAUUAAAAACGUAAAGUUGAUUGGUUCCAUAAAAAUACAUAAAUGUUGAGUCAACUACCAUUUAAUAGAUUACAAUGGAGACACUCUUGCUCCCCCUCAGCACUGAUGGUUUGGUAAUCCCCUAACUUUCCAGCACCCUCUCCAUAAUCAGGAUAACAACACCUUUGUUUAUAGCCCAAAUCUUUGUAAAACUAAGGGCAUGAAGCUGUACUUUGUAGUGACAAAGCGCCAAUGUUAACAUGUCAACAUGUACGUCAGGGAAAUAAGACAGUUAAAAAGGUAAAUGCUUCACCUGCUAACAGCCAGUAUGUUAACAUGGUGCAGUUAGCAUUAUCCUUAAAGUUUGCCCUACAGACCUGCUGGUGAUGCUGGAAACUCAUCUCUGGUAUUUCUUGCCUACUAAUGAUUGCACUGGUGCUGUCGGCAGAUGGUUGAUCAGCAGGAAACUGAAGUCUGACUUGCACAAGACAAGGCAGAAUUCAAAAUAUGAUGUGUGAUUACUUAUUACUUUUAAGUUUAUACUUUACUGCAAAUGCAUGGAAAGUAUUGUAAACAUACUUUUGUGCAUCACUAGUUUUCUAUUUGUUUCUUCCCUGUUUCAACAUGACCGCUGUUGUGUACAGUUCAGCUCCAUAAAAGCAUUGUUUUACCAGCUGGCAGUGCAACAACCUCAACCUUAAUGCAGUUCUAAACCACCGUUCAACACACUGAGAACCUGAAACCAGGGUUGUGUAAAAGCAGUUUUGGACUAGCAUCAUCAGUUAUCAUAGGUUGGUGUCAUGUUAGUGUGUCCACAUAAUAGUUUUAGUUAAGUACAAUAGCGCAAAGUUAUGCUUUAAUCCAUGUUUUAGUGUAGUUAAAUUUCAUGUUUUUCACCCGAGGUUUUGUCUUGAAGGCACAGGCAACUAAAAUGCAAUAAUUCAUUUAAAGCUCACCGUCAAGUCAGUAUGAAAUAACGUCAUCAUAGUUUUGUGUACAUCUGCUCUGUUUAGCUUGGUCACCUUUUAAUUCCAGUGUUACAUCACCCUUAUUUUAUGAGAUUUUAGACAGCAGAGUUCAUUUUGUAAUGGGUCAGUGGUUUGUUUUGUCCCCUUUUCUGUGUACUGGUACCACAAUCGUUUGGUUUUCCCAGUUUGCCGUGGAAGAACCUGACUGUUCUACACAAAGUCCUGAUCUCAGUCACAUACCAAACCUUUAUAAUGACUCAGAAGAAAUCCCAGCAGCCAGGUUCUGGUUAAAAACCUGAGCUGCAUAUUAGUGAAUGUGGCUUUACACUGACAACUAUCAAAUGUAGGUGCUGUUUUACGGUGUCUACAUACUUUCAGCCCCUAGCCUGGCAUUAUCAUAAGCUGUCAUGCAAUCUGUUUCCUAGAUAUUUAUUGUUUUUCAUUUUUUUGUACUUGUGGCUUGAAAGAAUGAUUUUUGCCCUGAGUUUCGUCUUGAAGGCACAGAUGACAUAAACUACAUUCGUCCUUUUCUAUCCAAACCGCCGUAGAUACACAAAUAAUGACAGAUGCAGCUCAAAUUUUAUUCACAUUUAUUUUUGCUUUUAGUGUGCUCACAGAAAAUUAGAACACCUUAAGCAGAGGAGUUUAAUAGCAAUUGUUUUGUAAGCAAAGUUACAUUCCAUCUCUAAGUCAAAUUGGUCAAAGCUUCUCCAGUAUUUACAAAAGGAAAAGAAAGAAAGAGAGAGACAAGAUGCUACACAAACAUUUGCAUCUGAUAGAUUCCUUUAAAUUU